AUGAAGCGCGCAUCACGGGCCUUGGUAGCUUACUCUGGCUCCGAAGACGAAGCUUCAGCCGAUGCUCCAGAGGGAAAGAAGAAGAAAUUGCCGUCUCUUGCAUCAUCCUUCAUCGUACCAGUACCCGUCGAUGACCCUGCUCUUCAUCAAGGCCGGGUUCGUAUAACUCCACACAUAGAGGGCCAAUAUGCCACAUAUGUUUAUAUUCCCCUCGUCGUGCAUCCUGGAACUGCAUUGUACUCGUUGCUCGAUGAAGUACUCAAUGUCACCAAGGAAAUGGUCCCGGCCGUUCAUGCCAUAGGAGAAACUAUCUCAUGUAGUAGGAAUAGUAGUGGAUCGGUAGUCAAUAGCUCUCGCAGGGUGCGGGAGCUGCACUUUUCAUUGACUCGACCAAUAUUUCUUCGCGCCCACCAAAGAGAAGAAUUCAAACAAGCCAUAAAGCUGAUUGCUUCACGCCGAACCCCUUUUCAGGCUUCAUUUGCAACGUUUUCGGAAUUUACAAAUGAUGAGCGAACGAGGACGUUCCUUGCCCUCGAGGUAGGAGCUGGUCAUAAUGAAUUGAGGGAUUUGCUAUCUGCACUGUCGCCGACACUUCAGUUCCUGCGUCAACGAGAUUUUUAUAGCCAACCACGGUUCCAUGUUUCAAUCGCAUGGGCUCUUCUAGACCCUGACACAUCAAUGAACGGAGAUGUCGACACUAAAAGACAUCCUCACACUUAUGAAGGGGUCACAGCAGUGGAAGACACAUCGGACAACAACUUGACCGGGGACAUCGGGAAAUCUAAUAAACAACUCCAGGCCAAGUGUUUUCCGCGUGUUCCGCACUUUCCAUCUCAGCUAAUCCCGACGCUAAACCAGCGAUUCGGUGCUAGAGUAUCAUCCGCCCACAUCGGAGGGUUCGAUGCGGAUACCAUUGUAGCGAAGAUUGGAAAGGACACCUUUUCAUGGCCAUUUCAAGGCUCUCACGUCAAUUGA